GUGAAAGGCCUUUGGAGCUUUGUUGCCAAAUUAUGAAAUAUAAAUUAAAAAUAAUAUUUUCAUAUUAAAUCGUGCUAAUGGAGAAUAAUGUUUUAUAUAUAUAUUUUUUAAAUUUUACUUUGUACAUUAUAAAAUAUAAAUAGUUCGUUAAUUUUAUUCUGUGCAUAAUGUUACCCAACGAUCAGGUAAUAUUUAAUAUAUGUUUUUAUAAUGUAAAUUAAAAUUCAAUUACCAUUUGUGGUUUAUAACUGAUUUUAUAACCAUGUAUUAAAUUUUAAAUUAAAUAUUAGUUAUUAUUUUUUACCAUUUUGCAGAGUAAUUGCAGUCCUGCAAUCAAUAAAAUAUCUUCAGACACUGAUGGGGAUAAUAAUGCUUUAGAAAAUGGUCUACAAUCAAUAACUAAUCCUGAAAAUAAAAAGACUUGGUCCGAAAUUCGACAAACAGUGUGUGACUUUCGUCAUCGUCUUUCCGCUGUAUCAGUUAUGUCUAUCUCACAUGUAUCAUUUAGACAGUUACAAAAUGGAAAGACCCGUGUUUAUUUUCUAAGUGCUCCUGUAAAUGAAUUUGAAACACUACUCUAUGUCGAUUUACCAAAUCAAGGUAUUGUUGGCCAAUUACCAUGGCAACCUUUAAUAGAAUCUAAUUUUCCAAGUGUUAUAAUGAGUGGUCGAUAUUCACGAGAAGAACAACUUUUAUCUGAAAGAAAACGAUUAACUACAUUUGGAAUAACAUCAUAUGAGAUUAAUGAUGAAUCUGGUAGAAUUGUAUUUCCUGCUGCAAGUACAUUAUUUCAUUGUAAUGAUAAUGAAUAUUCGGUAAACAUUUGUUUAGUCUAAUCAAAAUUGUUAUAAUAAAUUAAGUUUUACUUGGUAGACAAAUUCAUUGUACCCAACUGAAUUAAGAACAAAUGCUGCAGGAGCCAAACUAUCACCUCAAAUUUGUCCGAAUAAUAUUGAUAUUGUGGCUUAUGUUUGUAAUUUUGAUAUUUGGGUAACUCAUAUAGCUACAGGUAAAUUAAUGUUGUAUUAUAUAAAAAUAUUAAAUUUAAUUAAAUACAUUUCUCCUCAGGUAGUACCAAAAGAUUAACAUAUGCCCAUAAAGGUGGACGAUGUUUGUCUGAUGAUCCAUUGGCAGCAGGUGUACCAUCAUAUGUAAUGCAAGAAGAAUUUAAUAGAUAUCAUGGGUAUUGGUGGCAACCAAAAAAACAUACAGGUAAAUAUUAUUAUAUUUAUUUAAUAUUCAAAGUUAUAAGAACUUUAUGGUUUGUACCUAAUUCUCUACCUACAAUAUGGCUUACACAUUUUCUUUUAUCCACGAAAAUUGCUGCAACAUGCAUUUUUGAUAAUUUAGUUUAUGUUAUACAUAUGUUUUACAGGCAAAGCCUGGAGACUGGACAAUAUCUAAAUUGCCUGGACAUUUUAAAGUGUGCCCAACCCCAUUUAGUAAAGUCCAAAGAUCUACACUAUUUCUUGCCCUGGCCAGUCUGAAGUUGGGCAAUUCGCAGAUUGCCUGAUUAAAGAAGUUUUAUUAUGGGCUCAGGCAAUUUGAUUAUUGUCCAGUCUACGGGCUUAGUCCAUAACAUAAAUACCAAUAACAUUUAUUAACAUCCUAAUUAUUAAUUUUUGUAAUGUAUUAUUUUAUAUGUUUGAUAUAAUGUAGAAGAUAAUAUAUACAGAAUUUUAUAUGAAGAAGUAGAUGAAAGUGAAGUAAAAAUAUUUAAUUUCCCAUCAUCAAAUUCAGCCGGUAGUGGUGAAAUUGAACAAUAUAGGUAUGAUGCAAUAAUAAAAUAUUUCUUAAUUAUUGUCUUGUUUGAUUAUUCAUACACUUUCAAUACUAUACUAUAAAUCAUUCUUGUUUUAGAUUCCCUCGUGCGGGUACUGCAAAUUCUAAAUCAAAUUUAAAACUUGUAGAGUUUCAACUUGAUGAAGAAUGUCAAAUUGUUAAUAUAAAAAAUUUGGAACUUCAAUAUCCAUUACCACUUAUGUUUCCUUGGAUGGAGUACUUGGUAAGAGUAGGAUGGACACCUAAUGAUGAUUUGUAAGUUGAUCAAUAUAAAUGCUUUAAAUUAUCAAAAAGAAUAUUGAUAUAAUCAUUUUUGUAACAAUUUUACAUUUUUAUUGUUUUCUAGAUUAAAUUUUUUUAGAAUUUGUUUUAAAUUGUUAAUUUAAAUUUUAUUUUAGAAUAUGGCUUCAGGUAUUAGACCGAAGACAACAAAGACUUGAAUUAGUAAUUCUGUCAAUUGAUAAUUUUGUAGAACAUGCUUCUUCUAAUAUGAUAAAUUCAUCACAUAAUUCAACAUUUGUUCCACCUCAAGUUAUAUACUCUCAGACUUCUAAUGUCUGGGUCAAUGUAAGGAAUAUUAAGUAAAUGAGCUACUAAUAACAUAAAGAUCAUACAAAUAAUUUAUGUUAUUUAUUAAUCUAUCUAUACUCCAUACAUAUGGUGUAUAAAUAAACAAGUUGAUUCAUUUAUUGUACAAUAUUUCAAAAAUAAUUAAUUUUUUAGCAAUUGUAUAAAACAUGCAGCUUUAAAAUAUUAAAACACAUUAUUUUUGGAGUAAAACCAUUACCUACUUUUGAUUUUUAAAUAGCAACAUUUAUUAAAAAUUCCAUAAAGAUAGUAUAAGUUUAAUUUGUCAUUAAUAGCUUAAAUUUGUUCAACCAACAAUUUUAUAAUGUCUUCAAUAGUAUAUGUUUGUAACCACUUACAUUCUUUUUAAUCUUGACACCCUUUCUCCUACCAAUAUAAAUUAGUUUAUUAAUAUUUUAUUCUAAUUUUAUAUUGCACACAAUGAAUAAUAUUAUUUUAACUUCAUUAUAACAUUAUUUUUUUUAGGUUAUAUUAUUAUUCAUUUUAGUACAUUAAUUAUAUUAUAUUACUUAGCUCUAUAUAUAUUAACUAUUAUCUAAUUCCACGUAAAAAAUUGUAUCAUUAUCAUUUUGACUUAAGAAUCUAUACCAUCAUAUAAUAAAAAUAUUGUGUUGACUUAAAAUAAUUAUAUUCAUCAUAAUAGUUGGUUAAUUUUGGAUUAAAUUUAUAAUUUUGUAUAAUUUGAUCAAAAAGAGCAAUAACACCUCUCACGUAUUUUUAAAGGACACCUGGCUUAAUUGGUUUUGGAUUUGAAAUUUUUAAUUUUCAUCAACCCGUUGACAAGUUUAAAUUUUUAUUUUUUAGUGGUACAUCAUUUGUGUGGCAGCACAGUGUGGAGUGUUUCCAUAGUGUUUUACUACUCUAUUCCCACUAAAAAUUUAAAAGUGAAAUAUUUUAUCAACAUGUUGAUAGACAUAAAAAAAUUUAACAUCGAAAAUUACUUAAACUCCUGAUCUAAUUAUCAAAUUUUUAAUAAUUUUUGUUAUUUGAAAAAUAAAAAUAUGUAGUCGUUUCACCCCCAAAAACAAGGGUUACAAAAGAGAAACGGUAAUUUAAUAUUUUAGAGAGGCAUAUUUCUAAAAAAAAAAUUCUGAAAAAAAAAAAUACUUUAUGAAAUAAUGAGUAUUGUAUGAUAAAUGAAAUGUCUGAUUUUAACUAUAUAAUUAAUAUACUUAUAUUUUAUUUAUACAAUUACUGGAAACUUAACCAUAAAUGUUUUUUUUUUUUUUUUAAUAUUAAAUUAACAUUAUAGGUUCAUGACCUUUUGUAUAUGUUUCCCAUUACAAGUAAUGGUGAAGUAACUAUGAUUUGGGCUACAGAAGAUACUGGAUUUCGACAUUUAUACUUAAUUACUAGUAUAAUUACAAAGAUAUCUCAUGAAAAUGGAAUACAGAAUAUAGAUCCUAGUGAAAGUAAAUUGUUAUUUUAAUUUUUCAUUAAGAUUCUAUAUUCAUUUUAAUAUUAUAUUCAUUUUUAGAUAAUAUGAUGAUGUCUAAACUAGCAUUAACCAGUGGGAAUUGGGAAGUGUGUGGUAAAGGACUUUGGGUUGAUUUAAAAUAUCAAAUUGUAUAUUUUAUGGCUGUCAGAGAAUCACCAUUAGAAAAACAUCUCUAUGCAGUAUCAUUAAAGAGCCCUGGGAAUAUUAAGCUGCUCACUAAACCAGGAAAUUCUUAUGAAAUUGAUAUUGAUAAGGUAAAAAAUGAAAAGUUAAAAACUGUGAUCUUGUUUAAAUAUAAUUUUUUAAUAAUUGUUAUUUUAGUAAUUAUAAAAAAUAUAUUUUUACUAAAAAAAAAAAAAAGCACAGGAAUAAAAUCUAGUUUCAUCCCCAUUAUACACAAGUAUAGACUCAAGGUUAUAUCUGAGGGGUGAUUUAAACUUGUCCUGAAAUUUGUUUUAAAAGUAUUGUUUAUUAUUUCUAAGAUAAAUUUUAAUUGUAAUAAAAAUAAUAGAUGAUUUAAUUGUAAACCCCUCACAAAAAUUUAGUCUUUCACAGCUUUGCUCUAAUUAUCAUUAUAAGUUUAGUUUAUAUUUAAAAUUUCAAAAUGAUUUUAAUUGUUUUAGUAUUAAGUAAUUAAAAAUGAUGAUAAAAUUUGCUACCUGAAGUAUGUAUCUAUAUAUUUUGUAGACAAAUUAUUUACAGACAGAAUAUAUAAGCAACUAUCAUUGUAGAUCAAUAUUGUCCUUAGUAUACUCAGAAUCUAAAAAAAUAGAUGAACGAGCUAAGCACAAUGGGUGGGCCUUUAUUGUAUGUGAGAAGUUUGGAAGAUAGAAUAAAAAAAGUAAUUUAAUUUACAUUUGAACAUAAAUAUGCUAGUGAAAAACAAUUCAAAGCAAAGUUUUUUUUAUACAUGUACGCAAUUGUCUUCUGUUUAUUCCAAUUACUAUGAAAACCAUUUAGAAAAUUGAAAAAUGACUUCCCAUAAUUACCACCCAGAUAAAAUUUCCUUUUAGAAAAAUUACUGCAUUUGAAAAUCAGAGCAAGAUUUCUGGUAGAAAAGUUGUUCGCAGAUAAAAAUAAAAAUAUAAAUUUAAAUAUUAUUGUAAAACCAAUACAUUCCUUGCUACGCUCUGAAUCUAAAACUAGAAAAACAAUGUCAAAUUGUAAAAAGUAAUUUUGUAUAUAACAUUAAUUUUUUACUAUUACUAAAUUGAUUUUAAAUUUAUUACAAAACACAUUUAAGUAAAAUAAUUCUUGAAAUUAAAUUAAUUUAGUAAGGCGUAUGUAAAUAGGUUUGAAAAAGUUAGGUUUUUUGUAAAUAGUUCAACAAAAUUUUGAGAACUAUCUUAAUUCAUUUUUCUUUCUUCCUUUCCAGCUGUAUACAAGCUCUGUUUUAAAACAAUUUAUUUAUUUAUUACUUUGUUUAUACAUUUAGAAUUGUGAAAUUUGUGUGGCUGUCUAUAGUAAUAUAAGAAAACCCCCAUCAUGUCAAGUCUUUCGGAUAGAACAUUCCGAUACAACUGUUGAAGGAAUAUAUUUACAAUCAGUUGGAUUUCUAGUGGAAAAUUCUGGUGGAUAUUUUUCUUAAAAUUGAUUCAUAUUUAAUUAUUAAAAUUAAUAUUUUCAUUUUUUAAUAUAGAAAUAAACAGUGUUCUUCAGAGCCCUACUCUAAUUACUCAUCAAAUUAGUUCCGGUGACAUAUUAUUUGCAAUGGUCUUUAAACCACAUAAUUUUGUUCCUGGACAAAAAUAUCCAACUAUUCUCCAUGUUUAUGGUGGACCAGAAGUUCAACUUGUAACUAAUACAUUCAAAGUAAAUUUACAUAAUUUUCAAAUGAUUUAGAGAAUACAUUUAAUGAUAUUAUUAUUAUAGGGUGCGCGACACAUAAGAAUGCACAUGUUAGCAUCUCAAGGAUAUGUAGUCAUUGCAAUUGAUUCUCGAGGCUCAAGACAUAGGGGUUUGAUGUUUGAAAGUCAUUUAAAAGGAAGAUUAGUGAGUGCUUCAUAAUAUUGAAUUAUUUUAAUGAUAAAUAAAUAUAUUUUAUGAUUUUAAGGGCACUGUAGAACUUUCAGAUCAAAUAGAAGUUCUUCAAUGGUUAGCAAGUUAUCUUGGGUACAUAGACAUGAAUCGGUUGGCAAUCCACGGAUGGUCAUAUGGAGGAUAUCUUAGUCUUAUGGGCCUCGCUACGUACUCAAAUAUUUUUAAAGUAACUUCCACACAUUAUUUUAAUAAUAUUAAGUAAUUUAUUAUUUAUCAAAAAUUAUGCAAAUGAAUAUUGGUUAUUUCAGUUAGCUAUUGCUGGAGCCCCUGUUACAUCUUGGGCUAUGUAUGAUACAGGUUAUACUGAACGAUAUAUGGAUUUACCACAGUAUAAUUCUGUUGGAUAUAUGAAUGGUUCGAUUUUAAGUUAUGUUAGUCGAUUACCGGAUGAGUAAGUUUUUUUUGAUUAUGCAAAAUCAUUAUUUUAUGUAAUAUAUUCUAUUAUCUUCAUAUGUUUAAUAUAUAUUUUAUGUGUAUCCAUCCUAAAAAUUAUUGUGUAUACAUUUUUAGGGAGAAUAGAUUAUUAAUUAUACAUGGAUUAAUUGAUGAAAAUGUUCAUUUCUCUCAUACUAGUUUAUUAAUUAAUACACUUGUGAAAUAUGGAAAACCUUAUCAACUUCAGGUAUAUUUUUUUUUUUUAGCAAAAUCUAAAAGUAGAAAUAAUUUAUUUCUUUGCUAUAAAAUACCAUAAAUAAUAAAAAUGAUUUGAUGCUUCUAGAUUUAUCCAAAUGAACGACACAGUUUAAGAAGCUUAGACGCUACAAAACAUUAUGAUGCUACAUUUUUAUCAUUUUUACAAAACUAUUUAUAACCUUUAACUUAAUUAUAUAUAGUCUAUUUUUAUUAUUAUUUAUUACUUUGUUUACACAAAUAAUCUAUUGUUAAAUCUAGUUAAAUUUUGUUAUCAAACAUUGAAUGACGCAAAAUUAAGAAACAAUAAUUCAUUGCUGUAAAAUAAUAGACUAUGUUAAAAUUAAAAAUAUAUAGAUAAUAUUAUAAUUUUUUACUACAAUUUUUCGACUGUGAUUUGUUUUAUUCAGAUUAUUAUUGUUUGGAUACAGCUAUUGUAAAUAAUUUUAUGGAUAUUUGGUAUUAAUCAUAUUAUUUCAAAUUAACAAAUUUCUUUAUACAUUAUGUUUAAAUCAGAAAUUAGUACUAAUUUAUGUUAUUAAAUAAUUAUUUGAUUGUACAAAAAUGGGGUUUUUCAAUUUUUAAUCUGUACUAUGUACCUAUAUUAUAAUAAGCAAUAACUAAUAACCUUAAAAAUCAUAGAAUUUAUAUUUUAUUUAUUCAAGAGAUUAUUAUAUAAUGACAAAGCGUUUAUACACCUACAUAUAUGUAUAAAAUAACAUGUUCUGACUGACUUAUUCAUUAUCCCCUAGCCCAAACCACUGAACGGAUCGGGCUAAAAUUUGGC